UGAACCCACCAGCAUAAUCAUCAUCUCUGCAACCUAACGGCCAAGCUGCGCUCCAGAAUUCCAUCCAGAACGCCUUUUCACAGACAUCCAAAACAGAUAUUUCUUCGCUGGAAGACCCCCUCUCCCGCGUCCAAAAUGAUGGCGGCGGGGCAAGACCACACCACCCUUGAGAAAAGAGCCGUCGUGUCGUCGUUUAUUUUCGGCUACCCAAAUGAACCAUGUGAAGAACCUGUAGUUGCGCUCUUUAAGAGGAGCGAUAGAGUGAGCACAUACCGACAUCGAAUCGCCCCAAUAUCAGGCAGCAUCAGUCGCAAAGACAAAGAUCCCCUGGCGGCAGCAUGGCGCGAGAUCUCGGAGGAAACAACCCUUACGCCGUCUACGGUGGCGUUUUGGCGCAUGGGAAUGCCCUUUACCUUUGCCGAUGAGUCUGUUGGGCGAGAAUGGACCGUGCAUCCGUUUGGGUUCCGGCUGCGGAGCUCUGCCCUAGGCGGAGGGGGUAAGAGUGCCAUUAGGAUUGAUUGGGAGCAUGAGGGGUGGCAGUGGUACAAUCCCACCGCAGUGGUUAAUGACGCGGGGUUUGAUGGCGUACCGCACCUGCGCGAGAGCUUGCGACGGGUCUGGUUUGAAGGGGAGAUGCCGGAUCGGGUCGGUCGUUCGCUGGCGGCUGGGCUGGAGAGACUCAAAAACGACCAUGAGAGCGGAGCCCAGGAGCUGACUGCGAUUGCGGGGGCUGUUUUCCGGGACCUGGUUGUGCAAAUGGAAACCACCCCGGACAGCUUGGUCUGGUGGGAAACGGUUAGGAUGACCGCGUGGCAUCUCGUCAAGAAUGGCCGCGAGAGUAUGGGGGCCGCGACGUUGAACCUGCUGCUCGUGGUGCUACAGGAUCUGGAAGAGUGCUGGAAGCUGGACACGACUUCGGCGCAACGACUGGAUCGUAUGCUGUCGGUUAUUGACUUUCAUCUCCAGAGUCGCACAAGUCGUGCGCGCCAGGUCAAGGACACAUUUGCGUCGUACCUGCGAUCUGCUUUUCUUUCGAAUGAGGAGGAAGCAAGAGACAGGCUUACCAUCUUGACUCUGUCCGCUAGUUCGACCAUUCGCGAUAGCAUCGUGGAUGCUUUUGCUUCGGUGGACGUGCCGACGCUUGAGCUGCGCAUUCUGGAGUCACGGCCACUGUUCGAGGGGGUCAGUAUGGCAUCGUCUGUCCUGUCGGAGUUCCAGGCGCGGUACAGCUCUGACAGCGGUCGAAAACUGGCAAUCAGUCUGUAUACGGAUGCAUCUGCCGCGGUGGCUGCGCAGAAUGUGGACAUGGUUUUGCUCGGUGCUGACCGGAUCUCUCUCUCCAAAGGUGUCAGCAACAAAACGGGAUCGCUUCCGGUGGUUCUCAGCGCAAAACACAUCAACCCUAACGUCCCGGUUGUCGUCCUCAGCGACUUGGAGAAAGUGAAUGGGGAGACUGGUCUGAUCGACGAUGAGAAGCACGAAGACAACGAUCCCAAAGAGGUUAUCAGCGCAUGGAGCAGUGAUGAAAUCAAGGGGGUUCAGACCGUAGAAGAGGCCGUCGUGCAUCAGUCCCAGCCGGGGAAUUCCAGCGUUGACGUGAGGAAUAUCUAUUUCGAAUGGGUACCUUUCUCAUUUGUGGAUGCCUUCAUCAGCGGCGAAGGCGUUCUAGACGACCGACAGAUCCGGGAGAAGGCAAGACAGCAGGGGGAGCUGUCGAGUCGCUACUUUGAUAGUCUUCCUAUUCGGUAUUAAGGGACGUUAUUAUUGAGUUUGAUGCAUCCGGUUUCAAAAGAGAAAGCAAGAUCUUUGCAGCAAAUAAUCUCUCCCUUGAAUAGUGACAGUUCAUCUUC